CACAACUAUCGAUCGUGUGUCUCCACAACAGAGCAGCCUUACUGUUAGUUUUUAGGUGCAUUAUUUUGUUUUAUCGGACAUCAUGCGAAAUUACAAGAGAAAAACCGACAAGGGGCAAACUUCCCCCGACGUGAUGCUUCGGGCUGUGAAAGAAGUCAAGCUAAAUAAAAGAUCGAUUCGGAGUGUAGCUAAAAAGUAUCAGGUUUCGCAUCGAACUUUGGCUCGUUACUGCUUAAAAUUCACUAGCGACCAGCUGAACAACGAGGAAGUCAAUUUGAAACUGGGAUACAGGAAAAGGCAGGUGUUUUCUGAAGAACUCGAGGAACAACUUCUGUAUUACUUGGAGUUGGCUUCUGGGAUUUUUAAUGGAGUUACAGGGAAAGACGUCCGUCGACUUGCCUACGAGUUCGCUAAUCACAUCGGUUUAAAUUAUCCAGAAUCCUGGAAUAUAUCGGGUACAGCAGGACCAGAUUGGUGGGGCGCCUUCACUAAAAGACAUCCGACUUUAAAAACCACCUUGGAAACCGAUUCUUUGAACAAAGAAAAAUCCGCCUAUUACUUCAACAAACUAAAGGAAAUCAUCAGAAAUCAUAAGCUGGAACCGAAUCGAAUAUGGAAUAUGGACGAAACGGGGAUACCAACCUUACAAAUUUAUAACGGAUGCAUUGAUCAGGAGGUGGGUAAAUCAAACGCACAGGAAUAUGGAAGGCUCAUAACAAUGGCCUUGGCCGUGUCAGCCUCGGGAGAUUUUACACCUCCCUACUUUUUGGCGCCCGACGAGAGUAUCAAAGAGCUUUUGAUUAGCAGCGGCCCGGAAAAUUGUCGAGUGGAAACGAACGCCUUGGGUUGGAUGGAAGCGGAUCAUUUCUACAAUUUUCUCAACCAAUUAUCCGAUCACACGCAGAGUUCGCCGGACGAUAAGAUACUCCUGUUAAUCGAAAACCACGAGUACUACCUCUCGUUCAAGACUCUCGACUUUAUAAAAACGAAGGGUAUCAUUGUGGUUACGUUUCCCAUGAACGUUGAUUACUUGCAACCACUGGACAGGAUCGUUUUUGGACCCGUUCGGAAACAAUUCGACGCGAUUUGCUAUUCGAUUGCAGAAACAAGAGAAAAUAGACAAAUUGAGGAGAGCGAUUUGCCUAUUAUUGUCAAACAGGCUUUAGAGGCCACUUUGCUCGCCAAAAACAUCAUCACAGGGUUCAAGGAUUGUGGAAUACAUCCGUUCAAAAUACACUUUGCAGAAUAGUUGUUUUUUAAGUUUUUUUAUUGUGUUUGUAACAACUAAAUUGCUUUAUUAAAGUUUUUAUUAAUUUAUCCAAAGAUCUCAUUUUUCAUGGUUAUUAACUUGAUGAAGCAAUUUAUUUAAUAAAAUUACUUUUUAUUUACGGAG